AGGGAGCAGCGGCGGAGGCCGAGGCCGAGGAGGGGGAGGAGCCGUCGCAGGAUGAAGGAUCGGACUCAGGAGCUGCGGAGUGCGAAAGACAGUGACGAUGAGGAGGAGGUGGUUCACGUGGAUCGGGACCACUUUAUGGAUGAGUUCUUUGAACAGGUAGAAGAGAUCCGAGGCUGCAUUGAGAAACUGUCGGAAGAUGUGGAGCAGGUGAAAAAGCAGCACAGUGCCAUCCUGGCCGCCCCCAACCCGGAUGAGAAGACCAAGCAGGAGCUGGAGGACCUCACCGCCGACAUCAAGAAGACAGCCAACAAGGUGCGGUCCAAGUUGAAAGCGAUCGAGCAGAGCAUUGAACAGGAGGAGGGGCUGAACCGGUCCUCGGCAGACCUGCGCAUCCGAAAGACCCAGCACUCCACGCUCUCCCGGAAGUUUGUGGAGGUGAUGACGGAGUAUAAUGCCACGCAGUCCAAGUACCGGGACCGCUGCAAGGACCGGAUCCAGCGGCAGCUGGAGAUCACCGGCAGGACCACGACCAACGAGGAGCUGGAGGACAUGCUGGAGAGCGGGAAGCUGGCCAUCUUCACCGACGACAUCAAAAUGGACUCACAGAUGACAAAGCAGGCCUUGAACGAGAUUGAGACGAGGCACAAUGAGAUCAUCAAGCUGGAAACCAGCAUCCGCGAGCUGCAUGACAUGUUUGUGGACAUGGCCAUGCUGGUGGAGAGCCAGGGUGAGAUGAUCGACCGCAUCGAGUACAACGUGGAGCAUUCCGUGGACUACGUGGAGCGAGCUGUGUCCGACACCAAGAAAGCUGUGAAAUACCAGAGCAAGGCGCGGAGGAAGAAAAUCAUGAUCAUCAUUUGCUGUGUGGUGCUGGGGGUGGUGUUGGCAUCGUCCAUUGGGGGGACGCUGGGCUUGUAGGCCCCUGCCCUGCCCUUCCAGGCCCUCCCCACCACGCUGGGAGCAAUACCCCCACUGCCCGUUCCCUCGCUCCCCACUCCAAGCUCACCCCCAAAACAGACCCAGCAGCCCCUCUCCCUGUUCCCCCACGGCAGACCCUGGACUGCCCUCUGCCCCGCACGUAGAUAGCAGCAGGCGUGAUUACACAUGCACACCAACAUGCAUGCUGCCGGCACAUGCUCGAGACGUGUGGACACCAGCGUGUGUGUGCGUGUGGAUGUGUGCAAUCCAUCUUCCCUCUACCCCCGCCUGGAGUCUGUGCGGCCUGAGCUUCCUCGUCACGGGGACUGUGGUGUCGACAGCCCGCCACACCCCUUGCUUUCUGUGAAUAGGUGUGUUCGCGUCUGUAUGUGGCCAAAAAUCCAUGGACACACAACCUGAGUACAUGAAGUUUUGUGUUCGAGUGCUUGAAACUCCUGUGACAUCAGUUCCUCCCCAGACCUCCUCCCCAUCUGCUCUGAAGCAGCGGGCAGUGUGUGCGGAUGUCCACAUUCUCAGGGGACCCAGGGAGCCCCAGAGACACAGGCCGUCGCAGACACCCCACGUGACGUAGAACAAGCCUCCUGGCCAGUGCCUGCAGGGGCUGCUGUGUGUCCUCGUGUGUGGGUGUUGGGGUUGGGCUGUGGAGGUGAGGGGAAAUGGCCAAGCUUGGUCUGUAGACUUGUGUUUUCCUAGCAGAUGUGAGGGGCAGUGGUGUACAUGUGCAUGUGUGUGCUAGCUCACACACUGAGAGUGUUGAUAGGAGCCCUCCGCAUCGUGCACCAGUCACCUGUGGAGGGUGGAUGCAGAUAUCUCCAUUUCUGUGCUACCUAGGACACAGCUCUGACUCGUGUGUGUGUGUGUGUGUGUGUGUGUGUGUGUGUGUGUAUUUGGAGGCUGCAUAUCACACACACAUGCCCCAGCACUGAACACUCCAGGGCUGUUUCGCCAGGUUGAUUUGACCCCGGCCCCUUUUCAGCGCCCUGACCGGUACCUGAUGUUGCUGCCCACACCGCUCCAUCAGCAUUGUGCAGCUGGAGCUUCCUGGCCUGCCAGAUGCAGGCCCUUUGCACACAAGCUUUUGUCCUUAUCUUUUCUGUCUGUCCAGGGACAGGUCUGAGUGUGUGUCAGCUUAAGAUGGCUAUGCCAGGCAUGCACACGUGUGCCCUAGGGCACUCACACAUACUUUGUCAGUGUGGUGUUCCCGCAGGCCUGCACUCGAAUGCCAUCUGGAAGGCCUGUUUGUGGAGCUGUGACUGAGGGCAGAAUGACAAGGCUGCCCAGACUAGCGGACAGUCAGGACAUUGUCCUUCCUGCCUCCCGUACUCUCCUGGGACCUGGAAGAAGCCAGAGUUCUGUCUCACUGCCCCAUUCAGUGCCCUAGGCUCUCCUACUGGAGUGGAUGGUUGUGGCAGUGGUUGAGACUGAGGACACAAGCCUGGGGUUGGUGGUGAGGGAAGGCCUGGCACCUAGCAUGAGGUGGAGACAGCAUGCAUAGUUUGUGGGUGCAGGGCAAGAAGAUGACGUUGAAUGCCCCCACUCCAUGACCCAGGAGCAGGUGGGGUGAGCACCCGGGUGCGUGAAGUGGGUGGGCCAUCCGUAUGUACUGGGUGGUGGACUCGUGUAUGUGUGCAGCCCCGUCAGCUCCACAUAUGACAUGUGUGCAUGCACAUGUAGGGAGCAAGGAGACUGCAAGUGUGACCUUCUGAAUGCCAUUCCCAGCCCCUCCCAGCCAACCUGUCCUGUUGUGGCCGGCGAGGCCCCCUGUACCUGACCCCCAGGUCAGUUGUUCUGAGGAGGGAGGCUGCUUGCUCAUCCCCAGGUGCACUUUACAGGGCAGGAAGUCCGGCCGUGGUCUGCAGCCUUCCUGCUCCCAGCCCAGGCUUCUUUGGAGACGUCAGUGUGGG